AUGAUCUCCGACGAGGUUGAACCAACCAAAAAGAAGAAGAAGACGGUUCCUGAUGAGCUACCGUCGAUGUUUUCAUCACUACCGGACGAAAUCAUAGAAAACAUUCUUGCUCGUGUCUCGAGAUGGAAGUACCCAUCGCUCUCUCUUGUCUCAAAGAGAUUCCACUCUCUCUUAUCAUCUAUGGAUAUCUACAAGGCGCGAUCUCAAAUAGGAUCCAAUGAAACAUGCCUCUAUAUCUGGUUAAAGUUGCCCGGUCACCCAUGUGCGAGCUGGUUUAGUCUUCGGACGAAACCUAAUAAUCAAAACCGAACCAAACGUAGGAAAGGAAAGAUUAGUUUUAAACGGGACUCAAGUGUAAUGUCGGUUGUUCCUAUACCUUCCUACUCUUCUACUGAUUCUAAUUUUCCCGAACUAAGUUACAUCAAAACGGUUGGUCCGGAAAUCUACAUAAUCGGUGGAUCCUACAAUAAGGAACCGUCUUCCUCAGUUCGAAUCUUCGAUUGUCGGAAUCACACUUGGCGUGAUGCCCCUAACAUGACCGUGGCUAGAGAAAAUGCGCAGACAGUUUUACUCGACGAGAAAAUAUAUGUGAUGGGAGGUUGCGAUAUCGACAAGUACUAUGCCAACUGGAUUGAGAUAUUUGACGUAAAAACUCAGGCUUGGACAGCUUUGCCUGGUCCUGGCGCUGAUGAUGAGGACGAGUUACCUAAUCACUUACGCAAAAAUAAUAGUAAAUGUUAUAUAGUUAAUGUGUUCAAAGGGAAAUUUUACUUAGCGGAAGAUGAGAAGGAAUACACUUACGAGCCAAAAAAUGGUACAUGGAAACUUCUAAAAGAGAACUCAAGUUUCGUAUCGGGCCCCGUACAGAUUUGGGGUAAGAUUGGCGGGGAUAUAAUAUGCGGUUGCACUGGUUCAGGGCACUUAAUGUGGUCUGGCUUUGAGAAUGAGGGUAUAGAGUGGAGCGGGAUCAAGGGUUUGGAGGAACUGCGUGAGCACCCUACAAGAGGUUUAGAAACUGGGAGUAAGUUUGGACUGGUGGCCUGGCCUGUGGUGGCCAACUUUUAG